CGUCUUCUGGUCAUUAUCCUGGAUUACCCCCAAUGUGGCUUCCCUGCCACUGUCACCGAGGAUGAUAUCCGCACAAUCUUCCUCGGUCCAAACCGCGACGGCAACGGGGGUGUGGCACAAAAAUUCAGACAGUGCUCCUACAACAAGUUUGGACUCAAUGUCACUGCGUUGAGGGUUGUCCGUGUGACUGAUAAUUGCACCACACCGAUGUCAAGUAUUUGUGCCUACUGGGCAAUGCAGGAAAAAGCAGACCUAGCUGUCAAGCCCAUCAUCGGCCUUGAGGCGUUCGUAUCAUUUACCCACUACGCCUACGUGCUCCCACCGGCCUUGCGGGGAAAUUGCGCUUGGGAAGGGUUGGCCAUCAUACCCAUCGGCCAUGUGAUGUUUUUGCAAACUUCCGUCUACGGUCUGUAUAGAUGGGGAACCAUCAUGCAGGAGGCCCUCCACGACUACGGGCUGUUUCAUUCAUGGCGUAACAACAUGGAGUACGAGGACUACUCAACUGCCAUGGGCCAUGGCAAUGCCUGCCCCAGCGCUGCAGAGAUAUCUCGCAUGGGCUGGGCCACCCCUGCGACCGCGGGCGACCAGCUUGACAAGGAUGAGCUGUCUCCAGCAGGAUCGCCCCGGACCUUUUACCUGCCAGCCACUUCCCUCACCGGCAACUACAGCUUCUUGCGUGUGCUGCCAAACUGGCUAAAUGACACAUACAACAGUCCAAACGGUAAAAACCUGUAUAUUGCCUUUCGCGUUGCAAAGAAUGGUGACGAGGCUCUGGAAGCUGAGUUUGCAUCCAAGAUAAACGUGCAUGAAGUCAACGCUACAAUGGACAAUGGCUACCCAAAAGAUAUGUACAAGUUCACGGACCGCAAAAUUCAGUUCAUUGGAGCGACAGAGUCCAUGUCCCAGAUGGUAUUAGAUGCUUAUAAGUUGAUUGUAUACGGUGGAGCCACUAUUAAUACGGACACCAUGAGGGUGCAUCUCUGCCGCUAUGUGACCUCACCGGUGGAGUGUCCCGCCCUCAGAAUGCUGGAAGACAUCGGCGUGAAAAUAAGCCCACCAUUCAUCACACCGCCACCAAGCCAACGUCCCCUGAGCCCGUCACCACCAAGCCCACUGCCGCCAAGCCCAAUACCCACGAGCCCACCGCCGCCACCAAGCCCACCGCCGCCACCAAGCUUUCGACCCCCCCGUUCAUCGCCACCAAGCCCACGACCCCCCCGUCCACAGCCUGGUGAGCUUACUAGCACCCCCAACCAUGUAACACACACACAUACAUACAUACACGUACAUACAUACAUACAUACAUCCAGGCAGGCGGCUGGCAGAGGUUAA